AUGGCCGCUUCCACGCCCUUGGAUCCUUUCCUUCGUGGAAGCACCAGCAAAAAUACCAGGGGUCUGCUCCGAAUUAUUAUUCUGUGCACCAUUGCCGCCGCAGCAGUAUCAGCCCGCUUGUUCAGUGUAAUUCGAUUCGAGAGUAUAAUUCAUGAAUUUGAUCCUUGGUUCAAUUUUCGCGCAACGAAAUAUCUUGUGAAACACGGCUUCUACCCUUUCUGGGAUUGGUUCGAUGACCGAACAUGGCAUCCUCUUGGUCGAGUUACCGGUGGAACACUCUAUCCGGGCCUCAUGGUCACCUCCGGCGUCAUAUAUCAUGUCCUUCGCCUCUUGUCCCUACCUGUCGAUAUUCGAAACAUCUGCGUCCUCCUUGCGCCCGGCUUCUCUGGCCUCACAGCCCUUGCCAUGUAUCUCCUGACAUCUGAAAUGUCCACCUCACCGUCUGCGGGUCUUUUGGCUGCCGCGUUCAUGGGCGUCAGUCCUGGAUAUAUCUCGAGAUCAGUUGCGGGCAGUUAUGACAAUGAGGCCAUUGCCAUCUUUCUACUGGUGUUCACGUUCUUCCUCUGGAUCAAAGCCGUCAAACAUGGUUCCAUCAUGUGGGGAGCAUUGGCUGCGCUAUUCUACGGAUACAUGGUUUCCGCAUGGGGUGGAUAUGUGUUCAUUACCAAUCUGAUUCCGCUCCAUGUAUUCACCCUCAUCCUCAUGGGCCGAUAUAGUUCGCGACUCUACAUCAGCUACACCACUUGGUACGCUUUGGGCACAUUAGCAAGCAUGCAAGUUCCAUUUGUUGGAUUCUUGCCGAUCAGAAGCAGCGACCAUAUGGCGGCUCUCGGUGUCUUUGGCCUGUUGCAGUUGGUUGGGUUCUUCAGCUACCUCAGGGAACAACUGCCAGGAAAGCAAUUCCAGACACUCCUGGUGGCUCUCGGCGGAGCGAUCUUUGGAGUCAUGUUUUUGGGACUGAUUGCUCUCACGGUCUCUGGAAUAAUCGCCCCAUGGAGUGGCCGAUUUUACUCUCUCUGGGAUACUGGAUAUGCAAAGAUACACAUUCCCAUCAUCGCGUCGGUUUCGGAACAUCAACCUACGGCUUGGCCCGCAUUCUUUUUCGAUCUCAACAUGCUCAUCUGGUUGUUCCCGGCCGGGGUGUAUAUGUGUUUCCGGAAUCUCCAAGACGAACACGUCUUUAUCAUCAUCUACGCAGUUCUCGCCAGCUACUUCGCCGGUGUCAUGGUUCGUCUAAUGCUCACUCUUACCCCCGUAGUAUGCUCAGCUGCGGCACUUGCGCUUUCACAUAUCCUAGACACCUACCUUUACCUUCCAGCACCCGUUGACAAAUCCUCGGGUGGCGACGCCGCCAGCAAUGGCUCCGCCAAAGCGGGCAAGACCAGCGCCAAUCCCCCUCUCCGCUCCGUUCGACAUCCGCUGGUUGGAAUCUAUUCUAUCCUGUCGAAGUCUCUGAUCACGUCAAUGGCAACCGGCUUUCUUCUUCUGUUCGUCGCCCAUUGCACAUGGGUGACUUCAAAUGCCUACUCAUCACCAUCGGUUGUUCUGGCAUCCAGACUUCCCGACGGAUCACAGCACAUCAUUGACGACUACCGAGAGGCAUAUUAUUGGUUGAGACAGAAUACGCCUCAUGAUGCAAAGAUCAUGUCUUGGUGGGAUUAUGGAUACCAAAUCGGUGGCAUGGCUGAUCGCCCGACCUUGGUGGACAACAAUACCUGGAACAACACGCAUAUUGCAACGGUAGGCAAGGCCAUGAGUUCCAGAGAAGAAGUCAGCUACCCGAUUCUCCGCCAACAUGACGUUGACUACGUCCUGGUGGUUUUCGGUGGCCUUCUCGGUUACAGUGGUGACGACGUCAAUAAAUUCUUGUGGAUGGUCAGAAUUGCCGAAGGCAUUUGGCCGGAAGAAGUGAGAGAACGAGACUAUUUCACUGCACGUGGCGAAUAUCGGAUUGACGAGGAGGCGACCCCAACCAUGAAGAACUCUCUGAUGUAUAAAAUGUCAUAUUACAACUACAAUCAAUUAUUCCCAGCGGGCCAGGCACAAGAUCGAGUCCGAGGCUCGUCCCUGCCUGCCCAGGGCCCUGAAUUGAGUACCCUAGAAGAAGCGUUCACAAGCGAGAAUUGGAUCAUUCGCAUCUACAAGGUCAAGGAACUGGACAAUGUUGGCAGAGAUCAUCAGAGCGCUGUGGCUUUCGAUAAAGGUCACAAAAAGAAACGGAAAGCGGGCUCCAAAAAAGGCGUGAAGGUGUUGAGGGAAGAUUAG